AUGAGAUCAAUUUUCAAGGAAUCUGUAAAAGAACAUUCUGUUCAAAAACAAAUCACUAGGUUUACAGUUGAUGUGUUUGAAGCAGCUGUCAAGCUUCUAUCCUACAAAUUGAGUUUUGAAAUAGUUCCGUUUUAUGGUGAUUAUGAUGAUUUGCUUAAGAAAGUUGCUCUCAAGACUUUUGAUGCAGCUAUUGGUGAUAUAGUAAUAAGAGCAGAAGGGUAUCAGCUUGUAGAAUUCUCGCAAUCAUAUGUUGAUACAGGACUUCUGAUGGUAGUCACAACUAAAUCAGAUAAAUCUCAACCUUGGUUGUUCAUGAGCCCCUUCACUCGAGGGAUGUGGUUUAUCAUGGCUGCCAUGAGUUUGCUCACUGGUUUUCUUGUCUGGCUUAUUGAAUAUCAAAACCAUAGUAGUGAAAGUAGGGAUUCACCUCCCAAACAAAUUGGAACUGUUAUAUCGUUCGUUUUUGCAGCCCUCCAUUUUGGGCAGGGUAAAAAAUCUACCAUCUUUUGCUGA